CCCUUGUGCCAAGACCCUUCUCGCAGCAUGGCAGAAGCACUGCCUCCCCGCUCCCCGCCUGACGACGUGGACAUAGACCCGGACUUCGAGCCGCAGAGUCGACCUCGGUCUUGCACGUGGCCCCUGCAGAGACUAGACUCCCAAGGCAGCCCGGGCAAGCCGAAUAGUGGCGCUGGGGAAGCCGCAGACACGUCCUCUAUGAUCCCGGAGGAGGAGGAUGAUGACUAUGAGGGAGCUGCUAGUACAGCCACUGUGCUGGGGACAGCGGGGGACAAGGGCACGUUGGUGCUGCUGAGCGGCGGAGAAUCGGGACAACUGGCCGUGCUGGCGUCACCUGUUGGGGGGGUGGAAACGCUGCAGGUUUCGCUCGGGGGUGAAGGAGCAGGGGGCGCCGUGAGCGGUGCAGGAGGAGGAGGACAGCAGCAGCAGCAGCAGAGGAAAUGUUCAUCCCGCAGAAAUGCCUGGGGCAACAUGUCCUACGCUGACCUUAUCACUAGGGCCAUCGAGAGCACCCAGGAUAAACGGCUCACCCUGUCCCAGAUCUAUGAUUGGAUGGUCCGCUCCGUGCCCUACUUCAAGGAUAAGGGAGACAGCAACAGCUCUGCAGGCUGGAAGAAUUCAAUCCGGCAUAAUCUGUCACUACAUAGCAGGUUUAUUAGAGUUCAGAAUGAGGGCUCUGGAAAAAGCUCUUGGUGGAUGAUCAACCCAGAGGGUGGUAAAGGUGGAAAGGCACCAAGAAGACGUGCUGUUUCAAUGGACAAUAGUAACAAGUACACCAAGAGUCGCGGGAGAGCAGCAAAGAAAAAAGCAUCCUUGCAGGCAUCUUCUGAUGCUACAGAUGAUAGCCCUUCACAGCUGUCAAAGUGGCCAGGUAGUCCCACCUCACGUAGUAGUGAUGAACUUGAUACCUGGACAGACUUUCGAUCUCGUACAAACUCUAAUGCCAGUACUAUAAGUGGUCGGUUGUCUCCAAUUCCAGCUACCACUGAACUUGAUGAUGUUCAAGAUGAUGAUUCUCCCCUGUCCCCUAUGUUGUAUAACAGCCCAGGUAGUUUGUCCCCAUCCAUAAGUAAACCAUGCACAGUGGAGAUGCCAAGAAUAACUGAUAUGGCUGAAACCAUGAACUUAAAUGACGGAUUGCCGGAGAACCUCAUGGAUGACUUGCUGGAUGACAUUUCUCUCACUUCUUCACAGCAAUCAUCUCCCGGUGUCCUCAUGCAGAGAAGUUCCAGCUUUACAUAUGGCACUAAGGGCUCAGGCAUUGGCUCUCCAUCGAAUAAUUUUAACAACACUGGUAGCUUCAACUUUCCCUUGACAUCUCUACGCCAGUCUCCCAUGCAAACGAUCCAAGAGAACAAACAGGCUACAUUUUCUUCCAUGAAUCAUUAUAGUAACCAGUCUUUGCAAGACCUGUUGAAUACAGACACCCUCAGCCACAGCGAUGUGUUAAUGACCCAGUCUGAUCCGCUCAUGUCACAAGCCAGUACUGCAGUAACUGCUCAGAAUAGCAGAAGAAAUAUCAUUCUGAGAAAUGAUCCUAUGAUGUCUUUUGCAGCCCAACCUAACCAAGGAGGAAACUUGGUUAAUCAAAACUCGCUGCACCAGCAGCAGUCUCUUAACUCUUUUCAAGGUGGCAGCCGUGCCUUGUCAAACAAUUUAAGCAACACUGGUUUAAAUGACAGCAGCAUCUUGGAAUCAACCAAACACCAGCAGCAGUCCUCAGUGAGUCAUUCUAUGCAAACCAUCUCCGACACGCUCUCAGGAUCCUUGUACUCCUCAGGCGUGACCCUUCCAACACUGGGACAUGAAAAGUUUCCCACUGAUUUGGACCUGGAUAUUUUCAAUGGGAGUUUGGAAUGUGAUAUGGAGACGAUAAUUCGCAACGAUCUCAUGGAUGCAGAUGGGUUGGAUUUUAAUUUUGACACCCUCAUCUCAGCUCAGAAUGUCAGUCUAUCUGUAGGCAGUUUCACUGGUGCUAAGCAGACAUCAUCACAGAGCUGGGUGCCAGGCUGAAGAAAGCCUGGGAAGAUCAGACUCACCAGGCUUGAGAACUGACAAGAACCCCUACAAAUGAAACCCUUUGCCAAAACUGCUGUCAGCAAGAGGACAGUGAUACUGUUUACAGCUUAUGACCUUUUUUUGUGAAACCUGCAUCAUUUUCCUCACCUUCAACAAAGACUGUUAGCAGAAUCCUCUCACAUCCUGAGCAAAGGUCCUUCCUGGAUUUUUCCUUAUUUUUUCCCUCUCAUUUUCAAGUAUGCAAAAUUGUCUACAUGGGAUGAUUAAGUACCUACUGUGGAGACUGUACUAUUCUCCUUUUGUGAACACUCUGUAGCCUGUUAUGCAGUGGUAUUUGUCAACCUGUUUGCAGCUUCUAGGGCCUGCCUUGCAUUGCAUAACCCCCUGCUCUAGAGUGGUUAAUAAUAAACAUUGUGUUAGGUUUUAUUCUUUAAGUGGGGGGGGCUUACGUUUUUGUAAUCCCCUUUGGGUAUGCUAUUUCAUUUUAUGUAAUACAUAUUUCUUUCUAGCUUUCUGUAACAGAAAUAUUCUGCUAGGCCUCCACCAUUCACAUAAGCUAACAAACUGACCUGACAAAUUUCUGCCGCGUCCAUGUUUUUGUCGCGCUGGAAGACACAACUGUCCACAGAAGACUUUCUGUGACACUAUCAUUUCCGUUUCAAACCAGUUUGUAUUGCUUUGAAAAAAAACAAGACACAUCAGGGAUAAAUAUUUUGCUGACAUGGUACUUUUCCCUGUCACCUAAAUCUGUGUACACUGCUGUAUUUUACUAAGAUUUCCUGAAAGUAGACAAAAAAAACCCCAAUCUAUGUUCUUUUGCCUUGCAGUUUGUUCAGGUUAUUCUUUGCUAUAAUUUUCUUCACCAAAUGCACCACCAGAUAUGUCUGGUAAGGACUUAGGAACACAAAUCUCCAGUGCAAUCGUUUAGCUAUUUUAUAUGUUUUACUGACAUAAUCGAAAAGUACUGUACUGAUUUGUUUUUCACUUUGGUUUAACAUGGGUCUUCCAUAGAGCAUUCAGUAUGGAUAUAUCUGCCUUACAAGGGAAAAGCCUGCCUUAUGCCAUCUGGGAAUGUUGUUUUGGUAAGGAUGAUAGGUAGGGUCUGAUGGUGAACUUACAUCGUCAUGGGUGGUCAGGGUUUAGACUGCGAGGUUUAGCGAUUGGCAGGAAAUGGGCAGGUUUGGGAUUGGGUGGAAUAUCUGGGUACCCAGAGGAAAUGCCUUUGCCCAGAGACAAUAUUCUUUUAAAUUCUGUAGUCUCCAUCACUAAGCAUAGGACUUCACAGGUAUGCCAACUAAAACCCAGAGCGAUUGCUGACCUGUACUCUCUUGAGUAUGUUAGAAAUGUAACCCCAUCAUUGUGAAAAUAAUUACUUCCACUUUAACUCAUAAAAACCCUAUACUAGUAGAUUAUAAUACAAAAGUGAAAUUUGUGUUGCUUUUAUUUAGUUUUUGUUUUUAAAAAAUGUCAUUGGUGCUAAAUAUGGCCCUUCUUAUGUAUCCAUCUGCAUGUUCUCUUCUUUUUUUUCUUUCUUUCUUGUUCUUGAGGGUAAAGGGGCGGGGGGGUGAACAAAACAAAGGUACAUUAUUAUUAUGAAGUAGAAAAGCUUUUAAUUUACUAAUGCAUUUAUACAGUGCUUCUCAAGAGUCAGGGACAAGGAGAGUUUGGUGCUCCAGCUGUUACAGAACUACAACUGCCAGCAGCUGCAACCAGCUUAUCUGGCGAGGCUGAUUCUCCCACUUGCAAUUUUUGCAGCAGAUGGAAACCCCAAUGUUGCCCAUCUCUGUAAAAAAUGAUAUAUGAAGAGUUUUCCCCAUAACAUAUGGCAUUCAAAUAUAAAUAUAUAAAUAUAUUUUGUUAUGUACAGAAAUGAAUCAUUAUGCAUGGGUGUUGGGAAAACAAAAAAGCAAACGCACAUUUCAUCAUAAAGUCUAAGCGCAUGUGUUCCUAUGGAAACAUUUACACCAUAGAUUGUGCUUUUACUAAUGCUGAUUCCUUCCUCCAUCUCCUGUUUCAUAUUUCAUUGGAGUGUGUAUAAGUAGGAAUAACCAUGCUCAUACAUGGAGCAUCUCUGGGGACUGUUUAGAUAUCUGUCCUCGCCCAUGUACAGUACUCCGCUCUGUUUAUUUUCCAGGGAACAUAAUCUGUUCAACUUGAGCCACAACACACGAGUGAUUUGUUUCUGUAAAGCGCAUGCUGGACAUGUAUCACCAUGCACCAGUGAUUUUAUUAGAUUUGUGACUUAAUUUAACCCUUCAGAGUGAUGCAAGUAAGUCUAUUACACAGUGGUAGAAGAGUGGUAAUUAUCAACAUUUACAGGUUCAAGGUCCCUAAAUUUAGAUUCCAUGUCUUUUAAGAUAUUUCCAGGCCUUGCUGGUUUACAGUAUGUUGCUGGCUGCAUUUACUUGGAUCAUUGUGCAGAUGAGAGUAACAGCAGUAAAGAUACUACUCUGAUUCAAGAUGAAACCUAAAACGUUUUAGGGACCCUCAAAUUCCAAGUUUCUCAAACCUCUCUUGGUCUCAUUAGUUUUGCAUAUGUUGUUGAUACCUACACAGUGGUGCAGGUGGGUCAAUAAGUAGCAUUAAGUGAAUAUAUUCGGAUCUACUGCCCAUUCUGUAUUGUGUACAUCUGCACAGCAUGCGCUUGGACAGGCCUUAGAGAGGGUUUGAGAGUCUUUGUUGAUUGUGAUCCCUGUGCUGACCUCUAAAAUCUAGUAUGAAUAUUUGGUGUUAGACAGUAACUUGAAACCCCCAUCCAUCUGAGGGAGAAUGUUUUGCUUAAUUGCAGUCGUAGGGUUCACUUUGUGACCCCCUAAUGCAAAUGAAGUGGCAUAAAAAUAAAAAAGAACUAAAUAAAUGUCUAACUAUUUAACGCAGACCAGCAAUCUUUCUAUAAUGGAUUAUACUGCCCUUUUAAUUAAAAUUUAACAUG